UAACCAAGGCACCAGUGUAAUUAUACUUUGGGGCGCUUUGUGCUGUUCUCGCGAAUAGGGGCGUCACAAGACGAUACACGAGAUUGGGUCUACAAGAAUGAGACGCAAUGGGAUUCUAACAUUAUUUUUAAGAAAAGCACAGUGAAAAAUACACUUUGCCACCUCCACCCAUCCACAUAGAGAGACUGUAUGAUUGACAGAAGGGCUCACUCCGUUCAUGCCGUUGUUCUAUGGAACAAAGGUGUUGAAAGCAAUGCACCAAAAAAAUCCUCCAAGGUGCCAAAGUAAGGCCCGGGGGCCAAAUCCGGACUGUGGAACCAUUUGGAAAAUAGCAUUGAGUCGGUCUGCCAAACAAAGUGCUUACAGAGCUCGUGUAUGUAGAACCAAUAUUGUACAUACUGUACACCCGGCGACCAUCAAAGUGUUGUGUAUGGUGUGUUGCUAUGACGCGUGUGUCGCCCCCUACCGUUUGCAGAUGUCAUCCGCCGUCUCCUUGGUGAACACCCGCUCCUGCAGCACGUUGUUGAGCGUGUGGAUGGCGCACAACUCCAAGCGUUGCUUCUCAUGGAAUACCGCCUCUCCGUCGCUCAUCCUAAAGUUUGCGUCAAAAGCAGCAGCUCACACAGACGUCAACUGCGCUGUUUGCGAGACAAACAUCAGCGCAUAGCUUAGCUAGAGCUAGCUGGCUAGAGCAAAAAAAAAACAAAAACAAAACGCGACUACGAUCCGCUAGCUAGCAAUAACAACGUCUGGAACCGCUUCACCGAUCACUCUCGAGAAACGGCGGGCGGUUAAUGGCUUGCGUUGCCCUUAUUUGUUAUUUGAGAGCAACAUACGGGCUGCUGAUGCAGCGAUUGUCGUCCAAAACAAGGGUGAUGAGCUUGACAGCUACAUCCAGAAACCGGAAGUGCUCCUUUGUUGUUGUUGGUUUGCCUAUUUGGAAACAAUUCCAACGGACACUGAAAAAAAUGUUACCUUAUUGUAUAUUUUUCUUGAAAAACGCGAAGCAAUCAACUAGUAACUUUAAUAAUAUUAUAGGAACGGUUACGCGCGUUAUCAUUUUGGUGAGUUGCGCUUUCGACAGAUUUGGAUGCUGUCUUGGAGCGUCCUCUAGUGCUUAAAAGAGAUAGUGGUUUGAAGUCGAGUAUUUUUAAUGGGGAAAUUGAAUAGCUGUAAAGUCAAUUAAAUUUAAAAAAAUAGGAACGAGUUGAGGCAGUUUUUCAUUGAUUAACUUUCUUGUACUGUUUACUUUUUGGCAUAAAUGUAUAAUGCAUUGUAUAUUCACGAUAUUUUCUCCCUUACGAUCUUUGAUUUGUGUUUCGUAUACAAGUUAUUUUUUAAUGUUAUUUAUUUUUUUUGUCCAGGCUUAUUCGUGGACACCACUUUUUCAAACUGACCAAUAGCCGAGAAGCGCUAGUACCCAUCAGGCAAAAUAAACCGAGCCGAGUGGCUGUUUGGGCUCCAGUUGAUGACGUAACGUGAGCUUCUAUCGUGAUUGGCUAAAUUCAAACGACGCAUUACGUUGACAAUGAGCGGAUUGGACCCUAAUGGUGGGUUGACCGAACAACAUAUUUUUGUUCCUGUGUCAAGGAAAAGAGAAGAAAAGAGCUGAGGAAGUUCCCUCCAAAGAUAUAUUUAUCCCUACACAUAUAUUUUAACCACACAUAAACGACAAAUUUCAUCGCAUAAUCUAAAACCCAGUUCCCGAGAAGAAGACGUUCUGAAGAUGAACUCCAAUGUGGAGAAUCUGCCCCCUCAUGUUCUUCGCUUGGUCUACAAAGAGGUUUCAGCUUUAGUGGCAGACCCACCAGAGGGCAUCAAGAUCUACCCCAGUGAUGACGACAUUACGGAACUGCACACAGCCAUCGAGGGCCCGGAGGGAACUCCGUUUGCCGGCGGCGUUUUCCGAAUGCGGCUGGUCCUGGGUAAGGACUUCCCCGCCAUUCCGCCAAAGGGUUACUUCCUGACCAAGAUUUUCCACCCCAACGUCGGCCACAAAGGCGAGAUCUGUGUCAACGUCCUGAAGAAAGACUGGAAGGCAGAGCUCGGCCUCAGACACGUCUUGUUGACCAUCAAGUGUCUUCUCAUCCACCCCAACCCGGAGUCGGCGCUCAACGAGGAGGCGGGGCGCCUGCUCCUGGAGGACUACGCCGAAUACGAGGCCCGCGCACGUCUGCUCACAGAGAUUCACGCCAUGUCGGCGGGGCCCGGCGGUUCCUCGGCGGCCGCCCAGGACCACCAAGACGGCCCCCAGCCCAAGAAGCACGCCGGCGACCUGGCCAAGAGAGCGGGAGCUGCCACGCCCACCGUGCCGGCCGCUCUGGGGAACGGCGCCACCGUCAGUAGCAGCUCCUCCAGCAGUAACGUGGCAGCCAAAAAGAAAGCCGAUAAAAAGCGUGCACUGAAGCGACUUUAAUGCCGCGGCAACAUUUUCUCUCCCUGUGCGUGCGCGUGCGUGUGUGUGUGUGUGUGUGUGUGUGUGUGUGUGUGUGUGUGUGUGCAAGAGUGUAAAUACAGAUAUCAAAUUUCCUUUUUUGUUUUUCCUCUUUUCAAGCAAGCAAGCAGACUGUCCACUUUGUACCGUAGCGUUUGACUUGUCCAAGGUAAAGUCAGAAUAAAAAGAAAAAUGAUGAGCUGACCUUUUUGUCGUAUUCUCCUCUUAAACGAUGCCAAGGUUUCAGAUAAUGAGAUUUGCAUAUUUGGAAGUGGGCCCUGGAAAAAGUUUGGGAAGGCUCAAAACGCUCCGUUUCAUAAGGCGUGGUCAAACUACAUCUUUGUGAUGUCACAGAGGAGCGGACGUCCUUAUACUAUAAAACUGCUAGUCAAAGAUCU